AUGGCGACCAUGACUGCGCCCCUUAGCACAUUUAACCAGAUUUUUGAUAUGGACAAUGAGAUGGUGUGGAAUGACUAUUCAUUCGACUUCGAGAAAAGCUUCCCCGAUCUCAACAGACCCUCUCCAAGUGAGCCAUGCAAAUUCUACAUGAAGGGCAAUUGUGUGCUCGGGCAAACGUGCCCCUUUCGGCACGUCUAUGGAGACAAAGAAGUGUGCAAGCACUGGUUGCGAGGCUUGUGCAAGAAGGGCGAGAGCUGCGAGUAUCUGCACGAAUACCGGCUGGACAAGAUGCCCAUCUGUUACUUCUUCUCGAAAUUUGGCGAAUGCAGCAAUCCUUCAGGCGAGUGCAUGUUCCGACACGUGAGCCCUGAGGAGAAGAUGCGAGAGUGUCCCUGGUACGCGCGCGGCUUCUGCAAGCACGGUCCGAGGUGUCGACACAAGCACGUGAGGAAGCCCUUGUGCGAGGCCUACAUGAUCGGAUUCUGCCCCGAUGGGCCCCUCUGCAAGCUGGGCCACCCCAAGUACGAACUGCCCAGGUUGAGCGGCGACGAUCCCAACAGCCAGCGAUUGCGCACGCGCACUCCGGUGGUGUGCCACAAGUGCGGCGUCGCCGGCCACAAGGCUGCCAACUGCCCCGAUGCCCCACGCCCGGACAUGAGCCAACCGCGCGGUCCUCCCCGUCCGCUCGAAUCGGUGACGUGCUUCAAGUGCGGCCAGAUGGGCCACUACGCCAACAAGUGUCCCAACAAGCGCGUCAAUCCCCCGCCAGGCGGGUACCAAGUGCCCGCGGGUGGCGGCGGUCGUGGCGGCGGAGCGCCCCACCCCUACAGCGUCGACUACAUGGCCAUGGAGUGA